AAACGGUGCGAUGGCCCAUCGAUUGUCGGCGCCAGAGGUGCGGCUCGACAACCCGCGGCCCGUCCAACGGCAUGCCUCCGACGUCGGGUGUGCGUCCACGGUCCCCUUGGCAACGUUCAAGAACAAAGUGUCGAUGCACAUGCCUCAAUUCGGUCAACUCAGGCGGGCGUCGCUGACGUCGUCGAUGAUAAAGGUCAACCCGAACGUCCGGCGGGUGCCCUCGGACAGGACGCACGUCGGAGCGUUCCAGAAGCUCCUGUCCACUUUCGACGAUGUCCCGCCCGACUGUGGCGAGACCGGUCGGUCCAUCGUGACCACGUUGAACGGAAUGCUGCAGUCGGUCAUUUCCGCCGUCGUCCACGAUUUCGACAACGCCAAGAUUGCACGGGAAGGGUCCGUGCACGCCAUCACGUUGUUUGUCCAUGGAGUGCAGGCGGUGGCGACGGAGGUGGCGAACCCUGUCUUGGCGACGCUCCUCCACGAUUUGAGCGACCGAAUCCUGGAACUCGACAAGUUUGUGAGGGGGUACUUCAUCCUGGAGACGCUCGAGCUAGACCAGGUCAUUGCAUCGCUCGACGACAGCCUCGACCAAGCCCACAGCCGCAUCAAGGCGCUCCAAGACGAGUGCCAUGCCAUGGCACACACGCACAAGCGCAAGAUCGCCGAGGCCAAGCUCAUGGCCGUGAUACACGACGCCAAAGUGGCCAACAUGGGCGACCCAUCUCUCCGAACCCGAUCGCCAGCCCCCGACACGUCAUCGUCCACCGCUGCAUUUACUCUUGCCAGCGCAAACGAAGACGUGUACGAUGUGAAUGCCCGAUUGACAAAGCACGUGUCGGAGCUCACGGCGGCGCUCGCGUUGGCGCGGUCCGAGCUGGACAGUGCCCUUCGAGAGGUCGACGUGCUCAAAGCGGACGUGGACGCGCUGGGGGCGUCGACGUUCAAGGACAUUUACGUGCAGCAGUUGACGAACGAGCUCCACUGCGAGCGAAAGCGCGUGAAAGCGCUGGAGCUCGAGGUCCACGAUUUGCGGGUCAAGCAGGCCGAGUUGGCCAAAGGCGUGCUGCAGAAGCACUCGCUCGUGCAUCGGUUUCGAAGCACAGUCCAGCGCCCUCCGACACCGUCAACGGAGGACGAAGACUCGGCGGCCAUGACCGACUCGUCCGCAGACGAAAAUUCCAGCGUCGCCAACGUCGAACGCGAGAAGCCAACCACCGCAACAGUCUCUCCUUCCAUUCAACGCGCGCGCCACACGUUCAAAGUCAUGCUCAACGUCGACGUCAAGCUCAGCGACAUUCUGUCUCCUUCCAAACGGUCCAUGUCGGCGGUGGCCAACGUCGCGCACGCCGUGGUCAAGCUCAAGGCGAAGCUGCAAAACAAAACCCAUCUCGGCACUACCGUCCCCGCCGAGCUGAUAGCAUUGCGCCAACGCGUAAACGCUUUGUACGACCGGAAACGCCAUUACGACGAAUUCACGGCGCUCCUUCCCCGUGGUGACCAUGGAAUUCCCGUGUCGUUUCUCGAGCUCUCCCUCGGAUGGUUCGUCGCCAAGUACUCCAAGCUCCAAGAUGCUGAAGCGGAAGCCAAGGCGUUCAUGGCCGAUCUCAAUCGAUUCCGCAGCAUCUGCGGCCACAUCUGGCUCAUGGAGGAAUUUCUCCACGGCAAGCACUCGGACGAAGCUGUGUCGUUUUACCUUUGGGUGGUCCAAGGCAUCCACGACGUCAAAAUCGGCGUGCAGUGUCCGAUAACGCCAGAAUCAAAUCCUCACUUCAUCUGCAAGUUCAAAGCCACGCUGGUCACCCGCACAAUCUUCCGGGCCCUCCGCUUCCACACGUGCGGGUUCGGCACACCCGUAGCUUCCCGUGGCGCAGACCUCGCGCGAGACGACACACUCGACGUCAUGAGUGACUGCCAUCGGUUGUUUUCCGCGGCGGCGGCCGGGGGACCCAUGUAUUUGGGGGAAUUCCACGCCGUUUUGGACAAAUUCGUCACGACCAACGCCACGGGUGACGACGUGUACCCUCUCGACGUGUACUUGUAUUUGCUCGUGCUGCUGUUCAAAAAGCAGAAGGAGUGGCAAGUAACCCAUGUCGUGGAGCUUUUUCACAAGGAAGCGAUGGACGCGAUGAAGGACGAGAUGCGGUGGAAAGAGGCGACGCGGACUGCCACCACCACGAGCAAAACAAGAUCGAAGCAGGGCAAGCCGACCAAAAAGAGUAAGUCGGCCAAGCGGCGACGGAACAAAUCCGCCACGCUCUCCAACAAAGUUGCCAUGUCGAAGGAACGGUUUGGUGUGUUCGUUUCCAAGUUGGACCUUGUGCUUCCACUGGGAGACAUCCAGGACGUGACAUGCCACGUUCUGCGCAGUCGCAGCGAGUACGACAGCGGCGGCAUCACCCCCGAUGCAUUCGUGGCGGCGGCGCACCAUGGCGGAUGGUUCACGUACGUCGGAGGCAUCGAGUGCAACAAGUCGAAUCAAGUGGUUUCGGUGCAUAGACUCGACUUUGCCACACGCAUGUCGUUGCGCGAGGAGUUGCAAGAUCACUCAGGCGAUCACGAAAUCGCGCGGCGGCAGUUGGCGUCCACUUGGAAUCUCCACCUGAGUCGACUGAGUGUCCACGGCGAGCGCGACAAGAACGGAUUUGUUUCGAGGCACGCCGUGCAUCAGCGCCAGCGGAUCACUCUCGCAUUAUCUCCUCACGCCACGUCGACGACGAACCCCCAGGAAAUCUUGACGCUGUGCCGCAGCUUCCUCCGAUUUUCGUGGCAACUCGGUGUCCUGCGAUGCCACAGCGGCGACGACAACGACCGCGUCCAAGCAACCUCCGUCUCGACACUCGACAUGACGAGGUCCAGCGAGCUCAUCUUGAUUGCCAAAGGCAUCUGCAGCCUGCCGGAUGUCGGCCCGGUCCACGUCCCCCCCGACAAGCUUCACCCAGACGAUCCGUACGAAGCCGACGACUUGCAACCGUUCGCAGUCGUCAAGAGUCCAUCGAUUCGAGACCUUUUUCCCAAGGGAACCCCAUCGUCCACGCAAGCGUCGGAAUGCGUCGAGCUCCAUCGCAUCCUCCAACGGUAUGCGUGGCACCUCUGCGAAAUCUUCCGGUCGUACUCGCUCGUGUGCAACACGUCGUUUGGCCUGACCUUCCUCGCGUUCCAAGAGCUCGUCCAGGACAUGCACGUCGUGUCGCCGCACUGCACAAUCGUCCAUAUCAACACGAUCUUUCGGGGAGUUGCCCAGCGCAGCGCGACGGAGAAAAACGCAGAACAACCAGCCCCACACCAUGACUCGCACGACGACGACAGGAUCACAAAGGACGUAUUUGUCGAACUGCUCUUGCGCCUGGCCGUCGAGCGCCACACCCGCGAUGCUAGGGUUACAGCCCCCAGUCUGGAUCAGGACGAGGACAACUGCCGCGUCUCCCGCAUCUUUGAUUCGUUCGUGACGCAGUUCCUCCUGCCCAACGUUUGCCAGGCUGCAAACCACACGUUCCGCCAGGAAGUGGCGGCGCUUGACGUCCAACGACUUCUCCUGCUGCAUCGGCGGUUCCUCCGUCGUGUGUUUCUUCAUUAUGCAAAGCAAGACAAGCAGGACGUCGAGCGGUCCAAGAUGAACCUUGGCGAGUUCAAAGCGUUCGUGUCCGAGUUCCAGCUCAAUGACGACGUGCUGUUUCCACCUUCCAUGACCGUUCUUGUGUUCAACUCUGUCCAGGACGACGUGGACGAGCGGCAAUGUGUCUUCCACGAGUUCACGACCGCUAUUGUUGCGAUUGCCCAGAUGAAGAACAGCAAUCCGUUCCUCAAGUGGAGACGGAAAACCGAUGAGUUCAUCGGGAAACUCGUCACUUUUGCGCACACGAACCUUCGUCCUUUGCUCUUGGCGUGAACCGUCCAUCCCGCAACCCAUCUUCGUCGGGAUGGCCGUCCGCGUCCAUGACGAUUGUCCAGGUAGUUUGAAUUUCUAUGCAAAAGUACUAAAUUAUACAGCAAAAGAUCAAAAUGUACAAAAUACAGCAAAAAACACGCCAAAUUAUC